ACACCUGCAGGUCAUUAUGAACCUGCCUCCAUUAGCUCCACCUGUUCUCAGUCAAGCGUGUAGCCAGAAGCAGCAGUGAUUGGUUUGUUUACAUCAAGCUGCAUGAAACGCUGAUUUGUUGCUCUAUAGAAAGAAGAAAGACGUAAACUUACUUGCUACUUACUUUGUCUGAAGCCAUGGGACAUAUUCAAUGGAUGGUUCUACUGUGGCUGCUGUUCGUCGGGGAGCUCCAAACAAGAAUUAAAUCUGUCCAUGGUUUGAAUUCUGCUCAGAGCAAUGAGCCCCAGGUUUAUGGCCACCAGCUGAUGCCCCGGUAUCUGGCUUCCACUUCGCAGCCUGAGGAGCUCGACAAUCAACAAAAUACUCCCCACAUUCUUUUUGUGAAUCAGAGAGUACAAAUGCCUCCUAACGAGCCCAGGGAUGACCCCCAGUCCCAGCCUCCAGGUAGAGAAAUUAAGCCUCAGCCCCAAGUACCCCAAGUACCUGUUGGAGAGGCUGAUUAUUUGCAGAGAAUGAAUACCAAAACCAGUGAUUACCCGCAAAGGUUUCAGCGCCACUUGCCUAGCCCCUACCAGAAUCCCCAAGGCCCCUACCGUAGUCCCCCGGCCCAAGGCCCCUAUCGGAAUCCCCCGGCCCAAGGCCCCUACCGGAGUCCCCCGGCCCAAGGCCCCUACCAGAAUCCCCAAGGCCCUUACCAGAAUCCCCAAGGCCCCUACCGAAGUCCCCCGGCCCAAGGCCCCUACCAGAAUCCCCAAGGCCCCUACCGGAGUCCCCCGGCCCAAGGCCCCUACCAGAAUCCACGUCCUCAGGCCCUCAGCCACCAUGAGAAACUGCCACCUCAGGAACCCAGCAACCACCAGAGACCCCAGGCACAGAAGCCUGAAUCCUCAGUGCCAAGCUACCAGAGGAAGCCUUUCCCCCAAAUACCUAGCAACUACCCAAGGCCUGAGACACCCAGACACUACCACAAGCCUGAAUCCCUGGAGCAGAACCACCAGGAAAGUCCUUUACCCCAAGCAUCCAAUGAAAACAAGAAAAGUCAGCCUCAGGCCCCAAGCCAUUUCCAGCAACCAAAGCCUGAACCCCAGGCAUCCAGACUCCAACCAAGACCUCAGUUUCUGAAGGCUAAUCCUCCAAUGCUGAGCUACCAAAAGAGGACACAGCCACAAUCACACAGUCACCAACUAAGACCUCUGGAACCUGAGCCAAAGGUGCCGACCUACCAGCAAAGAUCUGUGCUACCACAGUUAUAUGCACCCAGGAACCAGCAGAAAAACAAAACGCUAGCAUUAAGACUCCAAAAGAGAACUCGCCAACAGAAGGGUCCGCCUCAAGUGCCAGACUAUCGACACAGGAGUCAGCUCCAUACACCCAGCCACCACCAUGAACCUCGGCUCCAUACACCCAGCCACCACCAUGAACCUCAGCUCCAAGCACCCAGCCACCACCAUGAACCUCAGCUCCAAGCACCAAGCCACGAACAGAAUCCUCAGCCACAGAGGGCUGAGCCUGAGGUGCCAAGUUACCAGGAGAAACCCCAGUUCUACGGAGCAUUCCCACAAAACCCCCUGUCUCAGGCUCAAAGCCAUUAUCGGCAGCAUCAGCCACCGAUGUCUGAGCCCCAUGACAUGGGCCACAUGCAAAAUGUCCCUCUGCCAAGACCUAACUACCCGGAGAUGAUCGCCCACCAACAAUGGCCCCCAACCCAGUAUCAGGGGUCUUCCUACCAGCAGCAUUACAUACCCCAGGGGUCUCAUGGGCAUGGGUACAAUCAAAAUCCAUCCUUACCAAUGCCCAUCAACCAGCAAAGGCCUCCGCUCCAUAGAUCAGACAACCAGCAGAAAUUGGCUUCACCCCAUGCACCAAAUAACCAGCCAAGUCCUCGGGUCUGGGAACAACAGCGCUACUCUGAUGGUAGGUUUCACUCGUUGGACCCAAGUGAAGGAAGACGAAGGCUUCCACCCGGGUGAGUUUGAUCUAAACUGUGGACGUAAGAAGACCUGGUCAAAACACAAGUGUUUUUAUUUUUUUAUCUAUUUUUUUGCUUUUUCAUCAAGCUUCCAGUAAGAAUAAACGGAACCUAACAGAA